AUGUCGGAACCUCAGAAGCCUGCGACGGCCGCACCCGAAAAGGUCGACGAGACCUACACCGAGAGCAAGGCCAAGUUUGAAGGGAAGGCGAAGAGCGAGUACUUUGAUCCUUGUCAAGAGCUUGCGCAGAAGAGCAUUAAAUGCCUGCACCGGAAUGGGGGAGACAGGGCCAUGUGCGGAGAUUACUUUCAAGCAUACCGAGAUUGCAAGAAGGCUUGGUUCGACAAGCUCAAGGCAGACCGAAAGGCGCAGGGUGCUUGGUGGUGA